AGAUAUGAUUCCCGGACAACCAUCUUUUCUCCUGAAGGCCGCUUGUAUCAAGUGGAAUACGCCAUGGAAGCUAUCGGCCACGCUGGAACGUGUCUCGGGAUUCUGGCAAACGAUGGAGUGCUGUUAGCAGCAGAGAGACGCAACAUUCACAAAUUGUUGGACGAGGUCUUUUUCUCCGAGAAGAUCUACAAGCUCAAUGAAGAUAUGGCGUGCAGUGUCGCAGGGAUCACAUCAGAUGCUAAUGUACUGACGAAUGAACUGCGCCUCAUAGCACAAAGAUAUUUAUUGCAGUACCAGGAGCCAAUCCCUUGCGAACAGUUGGUGACAGCACUGUGUGACAUCAAACAGGCCUACACUCAGUUUGGAGGCAAAAGGCCGUUCGGCGUAUCUCUGUUGUACAUGGGCUGGGACAAACACUACGGCUUUCAAUUGUACCAAAGUGACCCAAGUGGCAACUACGGUGGCUGGAAGGCGACGUGCAUCGGCAACAACAGCGCCGCUGCAGUUUCCAUGUUGAAGCAGGACUACAAAGAGGGAGAGAUGAGCCUCUCCUCUGCUUUGGCUCUGGCUGUCAAAGUUCUCAACAAAACUAUGGAUGUCAGCAAGCUUUCCGCAGAGAAAGUUGAGAUUGCUACCCUGACAAGGGAGGAUGGCAAAACAAAGAUCAAGGUGCUGAAACAAAAAGAAGUUGAAGAGCUGAUCAAGAGACACGAGGCUGAAGAAGCCAAGGCCGAGAAGGACAAAAAGGAAAAGGAGCAGAAAGAAAAGGAUAAAUAA